UUAACAUAAAUUAUUUGUAUAUCGUCGCUUCAAUCAAAUUAACCUCAUUUGAUUCAUCUUCAUAUGAACCAUAAUUAUGUCUCUACAACUUCGAACAAACGACUACAACUUCACCACCCGAUCAUGAUCUUACCGGCACCUCCGUGGAGCUGCUGCUAGGCUCGAUCUCCAAAAUUUUCUAUAUUUUAGUGUUGAAGCUAUUAUCUCAGUGGAUCGUAUCAGUAAGACUAAACUCAUCUUAAGAUGAACUUUCUAGAAGUGGUGGUCCAGGUAGAAAACCGGGGCAGCACUGCUGUCUAUCUGAAGGAGAGUUUCCUUCAUGCACUUCCAGGACGAUACGGACUUGUGAUCCGAAUCGCCCCGUUGAGCACAAAGGUUAUCGCGGCGCAUACCUUCUUUGCCCGCAAUAAGUCCUUUGGUAGGCCCUCUACAGUAGAGGUUCAUAUAAACGGGAAAUUUAUUCAGCGAUUGACUCCACAGACGUUCGUACAUUUCCCAAAGAUCAUCGUUGACAAUGGUUUUACUGAUGGAGACGGAUCAAUCAUCCGUGUGAUUCAUCCCCAACGACCUCUUGAGCUCUCUCGUCUAAGGGUCUUCAACUUUCUUGCUAUGGGAUUUAAAGAAAGAAAGGAGGUGUGGAUUGUGAAGAAGUAAUAGGACUCAGUCGCAUGCAGGCUGCGGCUGAAAAAUUAAACAGCAUUUUGUUUCAUAAUUAUUGUUAUGGAGGAUGUGUGCGCUUCUUUUUAAUUUCUUCAUUUGUUU